AUGCCUGAGCUCGCGGAAGUCCACCGCAUCGUGCAUUUCAUUCGCCAACACUUGGUUGGGAAGACGUUGUCCAAAGUCCAAGCGCAAGAUGACGCGGUUGUAUUCGGAAAAGUAGGAACCAGUGCCUCUGAGUUUCAGCAAGCAAUGCAGGGGAAGAAAAUCGUGGGAGCCGGUCAGCAAGGGAAAUAUUUCUGGAUUACAAUGUCUUCACCACCACAUGCUGUGAUGCACUUUGGAAUGACUGGGUGGUUCAAGAUCAAAGAUGCCGACACAUACUACUACCAAAGUGACAAGCCCGCUGAUAAGGAAUGGCCUCCUAAGUACUGGAAGUUCUUGAUGGAGACAAGUGAUGAGGCCAAAACUGAGGCUGCAUUCGUGGAUGCCCGCAGGCUUGGUCGUAUAAGGCUUGUUGAUUGUCCGGCCGAUGAGAUUCGAAACCACACUCCACUGAAAGAGAACGGACCUGAUCCAGUCACCGAUAAAGACAUUGUCAAUGAAGCUUGGUUGAUAGAGAAGCUGAGGAAGAAGAAAGUGCCUAUCAAAGCUCUUCUGCUGGAUCAGGCUAACAUAAGUGGAAUUGGGAAUUGGAUGGGCGAUGAGAUUCUCUACCAUGCCAAGAUACACCCAGAGCAAUACAGCAAUACUUUGAAUGACGAUCAGAUCAAGGAGCUACACUCCUCUAUCCACUAUGUUUGCUCGACCUCAAUUGGUGUACUGGCAGACUCAGAGAAGUUCCCUGAGCACUGGCUUUUCAAACACCGCUGGGGCAAGGGAAAGAAGAACCAACCAGCGGUCCUUCCAAACGGAGAUAAGAUCACUUUCCUUACGGUUGGAGGUCGGACAAGUGCCGUUGUUGCAGCUGUCCAGAAGAAGACCGGUGCCGUCGCCAAGGAAGUUGAUGAGGAUGCCACAAACGGGACGCCAGCUAGCUCUGGACGUAAGCGUGCCGCCCCGAAAACGGAAGAGGAUUCAGAAACAGAAGAAGUACCGAAAGCCAAGAAGCGAGGGUCACCUAAACAAAAGCAAGCAAUUGUGAAGAAUGAGGAGCCUGAAGAGGAGAAGGCCAAGCCAGCCACUACGGGUAGAAGACGAUCUACUCGUGCAAAGUAA